AUGGAGCGCUGCAGCUCGUCCCGGUUGUGCUUCCUCUUCAUCCUCCUCUUCGCAGCUGUCUAUCUUCUCGCCUACAGCUCCAACCUGCCGGCCGCGGACUGGAGGCCUCGCUGGUUCACGCACUUUAACUCAACUCGAUGGUUGGAUCCUUUUAAAAGUCUGAGUCUGAGCAGGACCUCUCCCAACAGCACGGAUCUCAGACCCGGUUCCUCUGGUUCCUCUGGUUCCCAUGGAACUGCUGACAGCCCGCCCCCCCCACCGGCUCCCUACGUGUCUCCUGGACCUUAUCUGGUGGAGUAUCCACAUCAGUACCACUUCACCAUCAAUGAGCCGCAGAAGUGCGCGGAGCAGCAGCCUUUCCUGGUCCUGGUGGUCCCGGUGGCCCCCCACAACCGGGCCCACCGGGACAUCAUUCGCAGCACGUGGGGGGGGGACCGCCUGGUGCUGGGUCAGGGGGUGCAGCUGGUCUUCCUGCUGGGGCAGAAGACCGGAGAGGGGUCCGAGCAGGUCCAGGAGCAGCUCCUGCAGGAGAGCCAGCUGCACCGGGACCUGGUCCAGAGCGACUUCGUGGACUGCUACAAGAACCUGACCAUCAAGACCAUGGUGAUGCUGGAGUGGCUGGACUCCUUCUGCUCCAACGCCUCCUACGCCAUGAAGAUCGACUCCGACAUGUUCCUCAACCUGCCCAACCUCAUCAAGAUGCUGACCAACGCUCCGAAGACCAACUACAUGACCGGCCUGGUGGCGAGUGGGGGGGCCGUCCUGAGGGACUCGAGCUCCAAGUGGUUCGUCCCGGUCGAGGUGUACUCCGGUCCUCAGUACCCGCGCUACGCGCUGGGCCUCGGCUACGUGCUGUCCUUGGAUCUCCCGAAGAAGCUGGUGUCCGCAGCGCAGGAGGUGCCCGCGCUGUACAUCGAGGACGCGUACCUGGGCCUGUGCAUGCAGCACCUGGGCAUCCCCCCCACGGACCCCCCGGACUGGGGCUUCUUCCAGGUCAUCCCCGUGACCUACAACCGCUGCGCCUUCUCCAAGCUGAUCGCCACCACCACGCAGGAGAACACGGACCGCACCUGGAUGUGGACGGACUUUACCAAACCAGGUCCGUUCUGCUGA